CCCCCCGCUCAUCAAUAUUUACUCACCAGGAGGCUGACGCUUUGCGUUAACGAGGAUUUCUAUCAUAGCUAAAUACAUCUAUCUUCUCCUAUUCUCGAAGCCCUCACGCGGAGUAUCCAAAUAUCCAAACACCCCUCCGGCCCACAGUGUGCUUCCCCUCUUCUGUUUCCACCAGAGUAACAUCUAUCGUCCCUCCUUGUCAUUUGGAAAAUCGCUCUUCUCCAGCCGGCACCUCCAACCCCGUGUGACGGGAAUCGCAUUCUAUCUUCAACCCUCUCCGCAAACGUCACUUCUAAUAAUCAACCAUGAGCGGCGCUGUCGAAGACAAGCCCCAGGCAAGGGACCAGGAUGAUAUCAACGACGACGACGCCUUAUUCGACGCCUUAGCAAACGAAGAUGAUUCAGCUUAUCGAGCGCACCGGAUUGAGCAGCUAAAUGCCGAAUUUUCGUCGGCCCAAAAUAACAACCAAUCCCGCGAUGCAUCCGCACCUACAAUUGUCGGAGACAGCCUUUAUCCCACUAUCGCGAGUGAUCAAGCCCUGCUAGAUUUCACAACCCAAACCCAUCGGUGCGUGAUUCACUUUGCGCAUCCAGACUUUGCUCGCUGCAGCACCAUGGACGAGCAUAUUCGAGCGCUAGCGGCACGACACCAUGAGGUGCGCUUUGCUCGCGUGGAUGUGCGGAGUACUCCAUUCGUGGUGGAACGGUUGAAGAUCCGCGUUCUGCCAUGCGUGAUUGGAUUUAAGGAUGGGGUGGGAGUUGAGCGGGUGGUCGGGUUUGAGGGCCUUGCAUCCGGUGGUCGAGACGGCACCGACGGGUUCAGUACCGCAACUCUUGAGAAGAGACUCAUCUGGAAAGGAAUCAUUGCUCGGGAGAAAUUCCGAGCUGGGGAUGACGGCUCUGGUCAGUCGGAAGAAGAGAGCGACGAUGGGGAUGGCAAAGACCGGGGGAAGCGGGCUAUUCGUAGCGGGAACGCGAGAAGCUACAGGAAUGAUGACGAUGAUGACGAUGAUGACGACGACUGGGAUUGAACUCAAUAGCCUUCAUGAACCUGCCCUGUUGCAAAGGGCAGCCUGGCUUUGGUGGCGAGAGACACUGUUACCUCGACAAAUCCAGGCAGGAAUAGAAACAGGCUUAUGGAUUGAAUAUUCAACACUUGGCCGCAAUCACCUACGUCGGCGCGUCACCGUCCGCAGCAGUUCUGGCGACAGAUCGUGAAGUGCUGUAAAUGCGGGUAACGGACCUCUCAGGUCGUGGAAUCGCCUCAAUGGUGUCCAAUCGAUGCCUUUUCAUCACCGGUAGUUCGAUUUGGAACGGACAAGUGAAAGGGAUUGACGGGGAUUGACAGUAGUAUCGGGCUCAGAGUGAGAAUCAACAGAAGCCCAUAUAGCACGGUACUGAAUAUAUCAAGUUAAGCACUGGGAAUUGGG